CCGGCCCCUCUCUCAACAUAUAUAUAAUACAAUCUCUCCCCUCCACUUGGUUCAAUCUCAUAUUAUCAAGGCUUGUUCUUGGAUUAGAACUUGGCAAACACUUUUCUAGCCAGAGAGAGAGAGAAAAAAAAUAAAAAUGGAGUACAAUGAGAAUGGUUUCUUGGAGGAGUUGUUGGCUCUAAGAACUGAUCCUUGGGAAGGGGCCAAUAUUGCCUCUGGAAUGGGCGAGUUUUACAGCCCUGGAUGGAGUUUCGAUUGUUUUGAAGAAAACCCAGUUCCUGGAAUUCCUCAAACUUCUUCUUCAUUUCAAGACUUCUCUUUGCCGCUCGAUCAAACGCUCAACUGUUCCUUCAGCGAGCUUUAUAACUCGUGUCCAUUUGGAGAUGAGUUUUCGGCUCCAGAAUUCACCGAUCACUCGUCAAAUACUACCAAGCUCGAUACGCCGCCUUUACCUGCUCAAGAGGACUACUCAAUCUCGAUCAUGGAGGACGAAGAGGCCGGCUUAUUAGGAUGCGGCGGCGGCAAUGGCCUGAGCAAUCUGGACUGGGAAGCCGGCUGCAAAUUGGAGCCGGUCCAGUGUGCUGAAAUGCCAAAUUUCAGCGUGGGUUUUGAGGUGGGGGAGAGGAAGAGCAAGGCCAAGAAGGUGGAGGGGCAGCCGUCGAAGAAUCUCAUGGCGGAGCGGCGGCGGCGCAAGCGGCUCAAUGACCGGCUCUCCAUGCUUCGAUCAGUGGUUCCCAAGAUAAGCAAGAUGGAUAGGACUUCAAUACUUGGAGACACCAUAGAUUACAUGAAAGAGCUGCUAGAGAAGAUCAACAGUUUGCAAGAGGAAAUUGAGGUGGGUUCAAAUCAGUUGAACUUAAUGAGCAUCUUCAAGGAUGUCAAGCCCAAUGAAAUCUUGGUCAGAAAUUCUCCCAAGUUUGAUGUGGAAAGGGGAAAUGCGGACACCAGGAUUGAGAUCUGCUGUGCUGGGAAGCCUGGCUUGCUGCUUUCCACUGUGACCACAUUGGAAGCUUUGGGCCUUGAGAUUCAACAGUGUGUCAUUAGCUGUUUCAAUGAUUUUGCAAUGCAGGCUUCCUGCUCAGAGGAAGUGGAGCAAAGAGCAAUUAUAAGUUCAGAAGACAUAAAGCAGGCAUUGUUUAGAAAUGCAGGCUACGGAGGGAGGUGCCUAUAAUUAAUAAAGCAAGAUGAGUUAAUUAUAUAAUAUAUAUUUGCAAUUUGAGAAGAAGAAGAAGAAGAAGAAGAUAAGGAAGAAAAAGAAGAUGUGGUGGAUGAUCUAAUGGGAUAGGUUUUGUGAAGCUAUUGAUGCACCAUGUACUUUGAGGGGUUUUGAGGCUGCAGUGCUUUGUCAAUUCCUAAGAUCUAAAAUAAGUGGUUUCUUUUAUCAAAGCCAUUUGUUUCCCCCCCCCCCCCCCCCCCCCCCCCCUUUUUUUUUUAUCUUGCUUAGUUUAUGAAGAGCUGUUUUAUGUAGUGUCAGAUUCAUUCAGGUGCACAUGUCUACUGUACUGCCACCUUCUUUUGUUGGUCCCCAAGAAAGGGAAAUUCUGUAUUUCUAUUUUAUAUAUAUUUUUGUUAAAUUCAAAAAAAAAAAAAAACUCAUGAGUGACAUGGGAAUGU